AUGUCAAGGCCACAAACAAUAACAGAACCAUUACCGUUCAGACUGGUUGGCAUGACAGAAGCUGAGCUUUAUGAAAAAAUCAACGCCAUUAGCCAAUCGUCGGAUCUAGAAUAUCAGGAUAUUCCUUCUGGAGAGUCUGAUAAUGACAGUGCUUCAGAGCAAAAGGAUCUGGAUGCAGGAAUCAAUCUGUCCGAGCCUGAGAACAUGUUAUUGCCUGAAAUUGCUGAUGAAGAAAUCGUGGAACCUGAGGGGGACCCAGAAGAUCUUGUUCCUCUCAGUGAGCUUCAAAAACUGUGGAAAAUUAAGUGGACCAAAGAUAUUAUAAAAAAACAACCGGAAAAUUUUGAAAAUGCGCCUGGACUACAAUUGUGCAGAAAUUGCCCAAUAAAAUACCAUAUAACCUCUUCCAGUUGUUGA